CCCUUGUUCUUGUAUUGGGGAAGGUGAAUCUCUGGUCAUAUCAUUCGGACCAGAAAAGGUUGAAGUGGCCCGAGACCAACUUUGCAGACCAAUACAGUCACGGGACAAGUAUUCUGUCUUCUACAUCGAUACAAUCGGAGGGAUGUACACCAAAUCAAAGAAGCUUUUUAGAAGCAAUGCUGUCAAAGAGUUCAAGUAUCUGUGUGUCUAUGGGGAGAAGGGGAUCACUGUCAAAGAGGCUCUGGAAAGAGACGGUCGCUUCGUUGAUAAACUCGGCCACUUCACUCUGUCUGACAAUAAGAAUCCAGACUGCAUCACCGAACAAAUACAGAAGGUCAACAACCUGGAUGGAAAAGAAUUCAAGCUGUGUCUUCCACGGAACAGGAGAGCAACUUUUGAACGACAGCGGGCCAAUUCUGGUGCAUCAAAUACUUCACUUCAAAAGUGUGGCACAACGCCAGUUGUAGAUGUAGUACAGCAGAGAGGAACCAGUGUCAGAGCGGUAGUUGAUAAAGGUGCCAGCAGUGCUGAAAUUGAGGAGAUUUAUGAAAAACUGCGUCAGCAGAGUCCAGCUUUGAGAGAAUUGAUGGAGAGUAGAUUCCCUGGGGAUUCUUUUCAGAAAGCAGUCAACCUGAGGAAGGAAAACUUUGGGAAGAUCCAACAGUCAUUCAGUGAAGUCCACAGAGUCAAGAAGCUGCUGAGACAGGGCGAGUCUGUUUGCAAAGUGGUGAUUGAGGAUGCUUCUCAGGGAACAGGCUUUGUGCUGCUUGACAACUUCAUCUUGACCAACGCACACCUUUUCAAAGAUUGUGUCGAAGGACAAAAGUUGAAGACGGAUGUAAAUGUGUUUGUUUUCUUCAACUAUGAAGAUCCUGAGCCGCACUUAAAUUAUUAUUACUACGAGCUGGCUCACCGUGACAUCUGCUGCACUCAGGAUGAUCUCGAUUAUGCCGUACUUGAGCUCAACCCUGAGAGCCAGAAAUCAAACCAAUCGACACAAACACAGAGAAGGGAGGUGCCACCUGGACUCCUGAAGAUGUUUGGUCCAAUGCCUCAGAAUGGUGAAGCCUGUAUUAUUGGUCACCCAGCAGGAGGAGUGAAAAAGAUGGAUCCUACAUUUAUCAUUGAGAAAGAGAAGAGAAAGCAGGCUGUCAGGGAUCAAUUACAUCCAUACAAAGAUCCUUUCAUUGUCUGGUCAAUCAUUAACCUUCUCAAAGAUCAAGGCAUUGAAAACAUAAUGAUGGGUGGAAAAACAGACAAAGUAGGGACCUACAACACUUUCAUGUAUCACGGCUCUUCUGGCUCCCCGGUGUUUGACGCUCGUGGUCGAGUCUUUGGUUUGCACACCGCAGGAUAUGCUUAUGGAUUCCUAAACCACAAAGGGAGUGUGAUAGAGUUCGCCCAACCUCUGCUCACUAUAUUUGAACAUUAUGUGAGUAUGCUUAAAGAACAUGGAAAGGAUGAGCUCUUGGAGAGACUUAAGAAAGAGGUGAAGGUAAACUCAGACCUAGAAAAGGUCUUCAAGUCUGUGGUUGAGCUGCAGGAAAGCAGGCAGAGACCCGAGGAUGAGCCAGCAGACCCUGAGGAGUGCCUGAACUCCAUUGAGCCAAUGGAUACUGAAUAAGUAUUAAGACCUUCAACACUCCUGGCUGUAUAGGUUAUUUUACAGUUCAUGAAAUCUUUAUUUUUACAGAACAAAUAACUACAAAUUGUAAUACUGCCCUGCUAUUUUUGGGCUGUGAACAGCUUAUUACUCAACCUAUAACCUUCCUAUAACCAUCACUUAUUUUAAUACUAUAUUCUAGACUUACAUUGAUGUUUGUUGUAAUGUAAUCAGAAACAUUGUCUCUCCUGUUAAAGCCUAAAUGUCAUGGUUAAGUAACUUUUCUUGGAAUUGUUUAGUUUUUUGUGUUGAUUUUGUAAUUUUCUAGUUGAUAUUUUAGACUUUAUUACCAAUAUUACCUGUUUCUAUCAUAUUAAAAGUUACCUGUUCUCUU